UGGAGUAGCUCUCCUCUGCGCAAGGCUCACCAUUCUGGGGCUUGGCAGUGAGUGAUGACUACAGCACGGGCAGCUCAAAUCUAGCUCCACCACUACUCUGGCAUAAAUAUACUGAGACUGUCAAUGGAUAUCACCGAUUAACCGCGGCAGGUGCAGAUUCUAUACUUGGAAAAAGCUGGAUAAUGCAUACAAAUAAGUAAAUAGCAGCUUUGUAUGGAUUUACCAUUUUAAGCCACAUCUGUGCUUUUUUCCUGCUUGCUUUUGUGUAAUAUAAAGUGAUCAAGGGGAUCAGAAAUGCACCUCUGAUUUGUAUUUAUUGAUUUGGUUUUCCAACAAAUAUAAAAAAGCUGGGACUUUUCAGCCUACAGUACUGGCUUCGAAAGUAAAAAUGUUCUUCCAUGUUUAAUCAUUGCCUUGAACUGAUCAAAGCAAGACAGAAAACCUGAUAUUAUUAUACUUCGUGUCACAUGCAUAAAAAACUGUGCCUAAAAGGAACGCACUUUGUUGCACUCUCUUUGAAGCAAGAAGGAGGGUCAAUAUAAUGCCUGGAUUACCAUUUUAACUGGCCAUUAAAACCACAGCGGAGGAGGUAAAGGGACAGCAGGGGGCUGAGUGAGUAGGAGCUGCAUUCCUACACUUAAGACCGGACUGAGAAUCAAACAUCCUGAUUGUUGUUUCAAACUGAUCGGACACUGUAGGGACAAGAGUGGAACCACCCUUCACAGUCUGGAUCUGAUGAAGCGCCCAGGGGCGAUCUCUGCAGUGCACCUGUGCAGAGAGGGGAGAAAGCCGCUGUAAUGCGCCGUAAGGAUCCAGCAGAGGUGAGGGAUGGAGAUCGCUAAACUCAGCUUUAACCAUCGACCGUUCGGCUCUGAAGAGAAAAUCUAAUGAGCGGUCAAAGGGAUUGGCAGAAGAAUGCUGGUGCCAGGUGCCCAGAGGCAGGAUGGCGUUGUGUUGGCAGAGAGCUGCGGUUGUUAGAUGGUUCCUCUUGAUGCUCCUGUGGCACUGGGCACCUCUGUGCCCACUGAGCUGGUUCCUGGCUCUGGCUGAGCCUCUGAACCAGAAAACCUCACCUUUCUCUUCCAUCUCCGGCCGGAGCAAUGGCCAGCUGGACUGGCUCCUGUCUGAUAAAGGGCCCUUCCAUCGCUGUCCAGAAUACACUGAGUUCAAAGAACGCUUCCAACAAGGCUUCUCCACACGCUACAAAAUCUACAGGGAGUUUAGUCACUGGAAAGUGAACAGCUUGGUGACAGAAAAGAGAGACUUCUUCAAAGCCCCACUGCCUUUGGCACCAGAGUUUUUACGUAACCUCAGGCUUCUGGGGAGAAGGCCGAGUCUUCAGCAGAUCCACGAAAACCUGAUCAAGAAAUAUGGCACUCAUUUCUUGGUAUCAGCCACACUGGGAGGAGAGGAAUCGCUCACAAUCUUCUUGGACAAACAUAAGCUGACUAAAAUGACAGAGGGAAACGGAAACAGCUCUGUCGUAUCCCUGGAAAUCUUGCACCAGUUGGCGGCAUCAUACUUCACAGACAGGGAGAGCACCCUGCGAAGACUGCACCACCUGCAGAUCGCUACAUCUGCCAUCAAGGUAACGGAGACCAGAACGGGGCCUCUCGGAUGCAGUAACUACGACAGCCUGGAUUCCGUCAGCUCUGUCUUAGUGCACAGCCCAGAAAAUAAAAUCCAUCUGAAAGGUCUACAGGAUGUGCUGCCUGAGUUUCUGCGGAAUCGUUUUGUGGAGGCGGCCCUCAGUUAUGUGGCGUGUAAUUCCGAGGGCGAGCUACUGUGUCACAACAAUGACUGCUGGUGCCACUGCUCUGCAAAGUUCCCCGACUGUAACUGCCCCUUUGCAGACAUUAAAGCUAUGGAAGACAGUCUCCGUAAGAGCAAGGAGUCCUGGACCAACCUUAACUAUGAGUUCAUGGAGUCCGAUGAAUUCAAGGCCUUUCUCAAGAAAUUGCCAACGGACCAUUUUUUAAACACCUCCGCCAUCUUAAAGUUCUGGACGUCAGAUCUGGUCCUGCAGAGACGUUAUGGUCUGCUGGAGACGAGCAUUAAAGUGGUGCUGGGCAAAGCCAUCAAGAUAGUUCGCAAGCUCUUUGCUCUCAGCAAGCGGUGUCCCACACAGCCAAAGAUCAGCCUACCUAAAGAAAGGACUCUGGGGUUUUGGCUGAACAAAGCCCAGUCUCUGUUGUACUGCAGUGAGCAUGGUGUGCAUGGCACCUUCUCAGAGGAAUUACAGGGCUGCAUCUGCGCUGCAGAGCAGCGUACUCUCUGCCAGGGCACUGUUCCAUGUAGGGUGGGUGAGGGGACCCUCUGCUCGUCCUGUGCCCCAGACAACAUUACCCGCUGUGGCACAUGUCUCCCUGGCAGCAUCCUCCAAAUGGGCUCCUGUCGUCCCAACAUUGCCAACUCUCUAGACCACUACGUAAACUUUGACUUUGACAUGCCUGACGCAGAGAUCCGUUACCUCCUUCAGAGGCUCGAUAGCCGUAUGGAGGUCCAUGCAAUCUACAUCAGCAAUGAUGUCCGCCUCGGCAGCUGGUUCAACCCAGCAUGGCGUAAACGCAUGCUGCUCACACUCAAGAGCAACAAGAACAAGUCCAACCUCAUCCAUAUGUUGAUGGGGAUCUCUUUCCAGAUCUGUUCCACCAAGAACAGCACACUGGAACCUGUGCCUGCAAUCUACGUCAACCCCUUCGGGGGAAGUCACUCUGAGAGCUGGUACAUGCCAGUAAAUCAACAGGACUUCCCAGACUGGGAAAGAACUAAACUAGAUGCCUUGCUUCAGUGCUAUAACUGGACCCUCAGUCUUGGCAGCAAGUGGAAAUCCUUCUUUGAGACGGUUCACAUUUACCUCCGCAGUCGCAUCAUUACAGAUGAUCCCGCUGUCAAUGAGACACUUUUUUAUGAACCGCUCGAUAUUGAUGACCACUCGGCCAACCUAGGCUACAUGAAAAUCAACAGCAUGAAGGUCUUUGGCUACAGCAUGCACUUCGAUCCAGAGGGGAUCAAGGAUCUGAUCUUGCAGUUGGACUACCCCUACACACAAGGCUCCCAAGAUGCAGCCUUCUUGAUGCUUCUGGAGAUGAGGGACCGCAUCAACAGGCUCUCUCCACCAGGAGCCCAGCCACUGGACCUUUUCUCCUGCCUGCUGAGGCACAGGCUCAAGCUUUCAUCCAGUGAGGUUGUGCGCAUACGGGAUGCACUCCAGAGUUUCAAUGCCAAGCUGCCCAUUUCAACCAAGCCAGAACACAGCCUGCUGUGCAGCUAGCUCAAAUCGAUAAUUUUGGCCUCUGUGUGUGUGAAUGUAUUUGUAAAUGUGAUGGGAGAGAGAGAAAAUAAAUAUAUUGGCAUUGUUUUUGAAAAUGUUUGUGGGUGAGAGCAUCUUUGAACGAUCCUCCAUUGGGCAGCAAUCGUACAAAGCAGGAGUUCUGAUUGUGACUAGUACAGGAGUGAAUACCGUAUGGCAGCUUCCGAAUUGCCAUAAUAUUCCCUCACUGGGAAAACCUUGUGGAAGAAGUCUGGAUGUAGCCUACAGUCAUAUCUACUUGCUGUCUUUGAGUAAAGGGAUGCUUUGAUACAAUGGGGAUUUAACUUAAAGAGAUUAGUCAUUUAAAUGAUCUUGAGCAAACAUGGAAAGAAAACAUUUUAUGUGAGAAUUUAAACCUAUGCUUUCUUAGCAGAUAUAUACUGAUGCUGUAGGUUUUAUUUUGUGAUGUCAUUGUUUGAGAUAAAAGUGGAUAAUUGAUGAUAAGGAUUCUAUUAUGAUGUUAAGUUUUAGAGCACAUUGAUCCAACUGUUAUAACAAUCAACAGAGAUUCAAAUCCUUUUUUUUCUAUUUUAUCUGGAGUCACAAAUCCUGUAUUGUUAGAUCUGUAUAUCUGUAUUUAAUGUUGGACUGAAUUGCCAGAAUGUUGGAAAGAAAUUCCUUUGUAUUAAGAGAUAUGGCUAAACCAAAAGGCAAACAUGAAUGCAAAUUGAAUGGCAACAUUUCUUUACUGUUUUCUUUUUUUUUUUAUGUUCAUUGAAAUCUCUUUUGAGGUGGUAACCUUAAGAUAGCAUACUUAUAAUAUUGUUUUGAAAAAUGUUUGUGGACAGCUUUGUAAAUAUUGCUCCAUUUUAUUCAAGACGUGAAACGCUUCUCAUUGCUUCUUGGAUAUAUAUACUGAUAAACAUCCGUAUUUGUACUUUUUUGAAAGUGCAAAGACCAAACAAUACUUCAACACAAAACAAUUGCCUUAUGAAGUGAAAUCUCUGUUCUUGCAUCAAAGCACACUUGGCUGUAUGUCUCUCUCUUUAAAAAAAAAUGUCUCUUCUUGUGCUUUUUCAUCAGUUCUUAUAAUUUUUUCCUCUACAUUAAAUUCAGAUUUUAAAUGACAGUGACCUCUAGUCUGCAAAUUUCAAUUUUUAAUUGAAGUAUUAUUUAAAGCAUUCAUUAUGUGUCAUCUAUGUGCAAAUGCAGAGUUACAUUUACUUUACCUGAUUUUUUUCCAUUUCCCUGCUUUUCUACUACACAUACUGUAUAUGGUGAUGUGACAGAGCAUAACUACUGUAUAACACAUUAAUUCAUUUCAGUAUUCCUGCAUCUUGAGGCAAAUAUUUUCACUCUGAAUGUAAUAACUGUACAUCUACCACUUAAGUGUUCUUGAUUACGUAACUUGAGCUUUGUAAACACAAUCAACCAGAAAAUUAUAGCCCUUGUCAACACAGAGCAUUUAUUACUCCUUAUUAUUUAAAACUGGAAUGUCUAGAAAUGUCUGUGAAAAUUGCAUAUAUCCAUCCACAUAAAAAAACGAUGUUUUCUGUCAAAAUAAGAUGAAUGACUCAAUCUAUAAAAAAAGUGCAAUUUAUGCAGUUGUCAUGGAGAGCCGUAGGACCUUCACAUACACUGUCACAAUAUAUCUGGCUCUCUGUGCAACCUAACCGCAAGGGGGAAAAAAUGCUCACUAAAUUCAUACAUUGGAAAUAACAUGGAGUCUAAAUAUGAGUUGUUUAUCUUAAUGUUGAACACAGGAAUCAGUUUUCGUCCUUCAACAAAUCGUCAAGACCAUGAAGGGCAUCUUAUCAAUUAUAGAGGCUCUGUGUAAACUUGCAUAUCCUCUCUCUUGAGAAUGCAUAUACAAUCAGAAUUUUUCUGUAUUCCAUGAUUUAUGAUUGCUGCACUGCUAAAAGGCUGUAAUGUAUUUAUGGGUAACACUUUAUAAUAGCUUUCAAUAGUAAGUCAUUAACAUUCCUUAAUACUUAGCAGAUCUGUAGUUCAUGAAUAUCAAAUAUGAAUAUAUGAGACUAUAUGAAUAAUAAUUCCAUUUCUAUUUGAAAGUUUACCAAUAUUUCAAAUGUAUAUUAACAAAUGAUCUGUUAAGCAUUAUAAUGGCCUUUUGUAAUAUUUGAUAAUGACUUAUUUAUGAAAGAUAUAAAUUAUAAAGUAUAGUGUCAUUUGCAUUUUCAUAUUCAUAUGAAAAUAUGAUAUAUAUUAUAUAGUGUCAUAGUGGUAUAUUAAUUUUGGGUCAAUACCUUAUUACAAAAUACUAUAUGUGUUAAACAUACUAUAUUCUGUCUAAUCCAAACAUCUUUUAGAUGGUGAUGUAUUUUUACUCACAUUCAUUACAGUAACAGUUGCAAGUAACCAUGUUUUUAUUUAUUUGUGAUUUCACCAAAGGUGACAUAUUCAUUUUAUUUUACAGCUCAGAUACACAAGAUCAUGCUUUUGUAGAAACAUGUCAAACGUGACCUACUUUCAGCCCUCAUUAGAAUAUCCUUUGAAAAAAAAUAAAUCCUCUAAUGUGUACUGUAACAUGUAUCAACAAUUAUUUGUUGUGAAAACAUUACAUUCAUUAAUUUCAGCCUGUAGAUAUUUACUAAGCAUGCUCUGAAACAAUGCUAGCCACUGAGUGAACAUAAAAAUGUGUGAACUCUUCUUAAAUUGUCUAGAUUCCGGUCAAAAUUAUUGCAAUUGGCUUUCCCUGUCCAGUCUGAUACAUUUGAAUGCACUUGUCUACAUUGCACUGCAUAUAGCAGACAAUACAGUAAACCUGUAUGAAUGCUGCAUUGUUCACAGCUUAACUAUGCUGUGAACAUCUAGUGACAGAAAUUGUCCCCAUCUCUGAUCUGUAUCUCAAAUGCAUUGCCAUUUUCCAAACAGGGGGUGACAUUUGUUUACAUACAUUUUCCAUUAGGUUUUAUUCAGUACAACUUUAUGCCUGUACAUGCUACAAUUUUAUGAGUAAUUUAAGUAACAUGUCAUCUCAGAGGGGUCAGUAUAGGGUCAUGCCUUCAGCCUCCAUGCAUUGGCCGAAUGGGACAUAUAGCGGCCCCAAAAGUAUUUGGACACUUUUGGACACUUAAGUCACACAAAUAUUUCUUAAUGUUAUUCAUUAGAUAACAACAUAUCAAACCGAGUGGCCUCUGCAACAAUACAGAACUAACUUCCUCUUUUUUCUGAGCCAUUUCUUGCAAUGGCUUUUAACCAACUUGUCUAAAGGUGACUUUUAGUGGAGACAUGAAGUCAGUUCCCCUUAACUUCACACAGGUAUCCUAACAGAGUAACCACAGGCGUACUUUAUCACAUGUUGUACAUGUUCCUCAAAGUUUGGCAACCAGAAAGUGUCAAAACACGUUUUGUCUUAAUUUUGAACAAUAUAUCUGUUUCAUCAUUUGAAACCUAACAAACUUUUUUGUGAAGUGUAUUUGCCACUUGGUUUGAUAUUUUGUUAAAUAAUGCAAAGACAUUUUUAAGUGUGCCUUAUGUGUCUUAAUACUUUUGGUGUCUCUGUAUGCUUGUUUUAUUUUGUAAUUUUAUUUGUAUUAUUUUUUUAAAGAGGUAUCAAUGGCCAGAACCAAAGUGCUGAAUAUAAAUAGUUUUACUGCAUUUAUUUCUAAUGAGAGACAAUAUAGCUCAGUAAAGAGCAUGAGGUGCCAGCAUGAAAUUGUGCAGUGUGGAUUCUAUUGGCUGAUAGGAGAGUAAAUUCUGUAUCUGUAUCUGUAUGUGGUGUUCAUGAUUCUGUACAGAGUCAGAUAUGGGCAGACCAUGAAAUGAAUCAUUAUCUUUAUACUCGUUAAACCAUUCCUCUCUCUUAAUGUUUUAACAAGAUGUAAAUGUUCUUACAUGAAUUAAUAAAAGGAUGAAACAAUCCUUAAAUAAAUGC